GGGAGAAAUCACCCACGCCUUUUCACGUCAUUUCCCAGCGACGCCCUGGAACAUUUCGCACGCGUCAGUCGUGUUUUUUCUGUAGUGUUUUAUAAAGCUUUUCCUACUUACAUGUUUAUCUAGUCCACAACGCUCCGUCUCUACAAUGGCGUCUAAACGCCGGCCGGGGGAGAGUGUGAACACAGAGAAGAAGAGGAAGAGGAAGAGGAGUUGUGAGGAAUCAGCGGAACUCUGCUCAGUGUUAGAAGAUCAGCAGGUGAAGCAGACUGUGAGGGAGGCGUGGAGCCGGAGGACUGUCUGCACACAGGGGGAUCUGGAGUUGGACUGCCACCCUUUCCCUCACUGCAUUAUCAGGAACUUCCUCAGCAGUGAGAGCUUCGUGGACAACCUUCAGAGAGAACUGAUGCAGCUCAACUUCCACGAGAAGUCAAACGAUCUGUACAAAUUUAAACAGUCAGAUGACCUAAAGAAGAGAACAGAUCCACACAUCGCAGGACUGAGGUCAGCACUGUUUGGGCCUUUCCGCUCCUGGCUCGGGGAAGUGUUGGGGGUUGAGCUGGAGACCACAGUGGAUAUUUCUUGUGCCAAAUAUGAAUACACAGAUGUUCUUCUGUGUCAUGAUGAUGAGUUGGAGGGGAGGCGUGUUGCUUUCAUCUUGUAUCUCGUGCCUCCAUGGGAGAACAGUGACGGAGGAACCCUUGAUCUUUUCACUACAGACAGUCAUUUGCAACCGGAGUGCGUAGUGAAGUCGCUCGUACCCUCUUUGAACACACUCGUCCUCUUUGAAGUUUCUCCUGUCUCCUUUCACCAAGUGUCAGAGGUUUUGACAGAGGACAAGUGUCGUCUGUCUCUGAGCGGCUGGUUUCACGGGCCGUCUUUGGAGCGUCCUCCUCGCAACAUAGAGGCCCCAAUCCCGCGGAGCCCACACUUACCGAGAGAUGAAACACUGCUGCUGGAAUGGGUCAAUCCAGUGUACAUGGAAAUCACCUACCAAGAGCAGAUCCAGGAGGAGUUUGAGGAGAACUCUGAAAUUCAACUCAAAGAUUUUCUCAAUGAGGAAAAGUUCAGGGAGGUGAAUGAAGCCCUGCGACUCGCUCAGAUUCAGUGGACCAAGAGAGGUCCGCCUAAUAAGAGGUGCUAUGAAGCAGCCUCUCUGGACACUCUGCCUGAGUGUGUGAGUGAAUGUUGGGAGUUGCUUCGUUCAGAGGCUUUCUUCUUGCUCCUCUCCAACUUCACCGGACUCCGAUUGCAUUACCUGUGUCCUGCCGAUGAUGAGGAUGAUGAUAAAGAUGAAGGGAAAGAGGACUUACAGGACGGAGAAGCUACGGGGUCUUCAUCCGUACCACCGUUAGCGAAGACGAGCAAAGAAAAAGAGCCGAGCACACCUGUGAGUUGUGGUGAAGUGCGUCGAUGGGCUCAUGGCGGAUACACACUGUUGCAUGAUGCAGAAGCAGUGCGGGCAGAGUACGCUCUGGAUCUUGUCUUACCUUUUUGUGGUGCAGAUUGGGAGUCAGAGUUUGGGGGCUUCACGUGUUAUGUUGCUAACGAGGAGGAUGAGGAGCUCCUGACAGUUUAUCCAGAGGAUAAUUCCCUCGCCCUCGUCUACAGAGACAAAGAAACCCUCAAAUUUGUGAAACAUGUCAACCACAAAAGCUUGUCUGAGUCUGCUGACAGUGCUACCCGCAGAGCGUUUUAUGACUUCUCUUUUGUGUACUAUGAAUAAAUACAUAUAUUUUAUAA